GUUGGGUGUCCGCUCGUCGUCAAGGUUGAACCAGGAGUCCCAGGGACGGGUGGGAGUCCCGGGCCCGAGGCUCCGGCCGCCACACGCCGUGCUGUAGCUGCCCCCACCCCAGCAACAACAACAACACCUCACCAUGACCUCAGCUACAAGGCUCCCCUACAGGCUGUGGUCAUCUAGUCCUUCUAUUCCUGUAUAUUAAAAUCAACCACCAAGAUGAAGUUUGCCGAACAUCUUGCGGCACACAUCACGCCUGAAUGGCGGAAGCAGUACAUCAGUUAUGAAGAGAUGAAGGCUAUGUUGUAUGCUGCUGUGGAGCAAGCACCAUCCUCUGAGGUCACAGAGGCGGAGGUCAUCACUCGGUAUUAUGCCAGAUUUGAUGAACAGUUCUUCAGAGUGUGUGACAAAGAAUUAGCAAAGAUCAACACCUUCUUCUCGGAAAAAAUGGCUGAAGCUACAAGAAAAUAUACCACACUUACAUCAGACCUUCAAGCAUCAAAAGAGCAACAUGGGGAUGGGCUCCGCAACCGCAAGGGCUUCACGUUUCUGCCCAAACUAAAUGUCCCGGCAAGAAAGAUGCAAGACCUUAAGCUGGCAUUCUCCGAGUUUUAUUUGAGCCUUAUCCUCCUUCAGAACUACCAGAACCUAAACUUCACUGGGUUUAGAAAAAUUCUGAAGAAACAUGAUAAACUCAUGACCACAUCAAAUGGGGCUAGGUGGAGAGAAGACAAUGUUGAUGGCUCUCCUUUCAACACUAAUAAAGACAUUGACAAACUUAUUCAAGAGGUUGAAGGCACAUUCACGUCCGAACUGGAGCAAGGUGAUCGCCAGAGGGCCAUGAAAAGGCUUCGUGUGCCUCCCCUCGGUGAAGCUCAGAGCCCCUGGACUACAUUUAAAGUCGGGCUCUUCUCGGGAGCAUUUAUUGUCCUAGUUGUGUCGGUUAUUCUUUCAGGCAUCUUCCACUGGGGUUCUCACAAUAUAGAAGUUGUCCUGCGUCUCUUCCGAGCUCCACUCAUGAUUAUUCUCUUCCUCUUCCUUAUUGGCAUCAACAUCUAUGGCUGGAGAUCAUCUGGUGUUAACCAUGUCCUUAUUUUUGAAAUAGAUCCCAGGAAUCACCUAACAGAACAGCACCUAAUUGAGAUUGCAGCAAUUUUUGGUGUGAUCUGGGCUCUGAGCGUUUUAGGAUUUCUAUAUGCAGAGGCGCUCUCCAUUCCUUCAUACACUGUUCCGUUAGCUCUCCUGUGUUUCAUGAUGCUGUUUCUCCUUAACCCAACAAGAACGUUUCAUCAUGAAGCUCGAUUUUGGCUCCUGAAAAAGCUGGGCCGAGUUGUGUGCGCACCGUUCUUCUUUGUGCAGUUUGCGGACUUCUGGCUGGGUGACCAGUUGAACACUUUGGUGCAGGUGCUGAAGGACUUUGAAUAUUCUCUGUGUUUUUACACACAAGGCAUCAACUGGUAUGCCAGUAAAAGUGUGGAUGAUAAUGUGUGCAUCGACAAGACACAAGUGGUACGAAAUAUUGUUGCCUGUCUUCCUGCUUGGUGGCGCUUUGCUCAGUGCCUCCGCCGUUAUCGAGACACUCGGGAAAUGUUUCCUCAUCUGGUCAAUGCAUUCAAGUAUGCAACAACAUUUUUUGUGGUAACAUUCACCUGCUUGACACAUGUUUACAGAGAUCAGUAUGAAGAUGGCAUCAACAAUCCUUUCUUCUAUAUGUUGGUAGCAUCUAUGCUCUUCAGCUCCUGCUUUGUGUUUUGGUGGGAUAUGGUUAUGGAUUGGGGCAUGUUUGAGAAGAAUUCAGGUGAAUACAAGUUCCUGCGUGAAGAGCUCGUCUACUCCUCUCCGUACUACUACUAUUUUGGCAUUGUGGAAGACUUCAUUUUAAGAUUUAGCUGGACCUUCUCCCUCACUCUGACGGAACUCAAACUUACCAAUGGUGAAAUUAUAGUUUCCAUUCUUGCACCGUUAGAAGUUUUCAGGCGCUUCAUAUGGAACUUCUUUCGUCUGGAGAAUGAGCACAUAAACAACUGUGGUAAAUUCCGAGCCGUGCGUGAUAUAUCGGUAAUUCCUAUGGAUGCUUCAGAUCAGGCACAGAUUGUCAAGAUGAUGGAUGAAUUUGAUGGUGUGAUAAAUCGCAAGAAGAAGAAGGCCGGCGGCAAACAACAUGGCGCCGGGGGUACGCUGCCCUUCCCCCAGAAGGAGGAGGAGGUGGCGACCGUGGCGGCCCAGUACGGCAGAUGAACCUCUCUCUCUCUCGCCCCUCGGGACCACUCAACCUAGAGCACCCUCUGCUAGUCUCCACGGCGGCGUGCGCUCUCCUGAAGGGUUCAAUCCCCGCCUGCCUCCCCAAGGCACUCAUCUCAAGCUUCACUCCUUCCCUCUUAUUAGGGAUGAGUUUUUUACUCUGAGGUCUCAUUGCAAGUCUUUGUUGUUCAUUUCUUAUUUGUAUAUUUCUCCAAUUUUCUCAAUUUCUACUUAAGAAUUAGCUCUCCUUAGCUGAGCCAACCACUUGGGCUGGACGGUAGAGCGACGGUCUCACUUCAUGCAGGUCGGCGUUCAAUCCCCGACCCUCCAAGUGGUUGGGCACCAUUCCUUCCCUCGUCCCAUCCCAAAUCCUUAUCCUGACCCCUUCCCAGUGCUAUAUAGUCGUAAUGGCUUGGCGCUUUCCCCUGAUAAUUCCCCCCUUCCUUAGCUGAGAGCUAACCAUUCCGUCCUGCCUCUUGCAGAGGUUCUCAAGCAACUUACGUCAGACCAAUGCUAACAUAUGCAUCGUUGGUACAGCAACUCGUGUAGCACAAAUACAAACUUCAAAGAGUUUAAAGGUUUUUAUCAGGGCUAUCAGCUUUAUUUUGAAGCUAAGUAAACAAAGAUGACUAGAUACGAGAACUCAACCUAAUGACUCGAGAGGAAGACCAGGGAGGAAACAUGAUCACAACGUACAUAAUACUACAUCAAAGUGACAAAGUGGACAUGAAUAGCCUUUUUCAUGUGAGAUCAAAUAAGGCAAAUGCCCCUCGUUGGACUCUGGGAACGAAAAUGAGACGAAGAAACAUAUAGGAGCAACUCAAAGAAAGUGGAAGAAAGAAACUCGGGGUAACCAAACUAAACUAUGAAACUUAGAAACUCGGUCCAUACCAUGCGUCCAUACCAUGCCCCGGUAGUCAAGAAGACGGAUACACUGAAGACUGUAGAAGCCUCCACCCGAAGCUUCUAGAGCAAAUGACACAGACCUCAAACGUCAAUAGACUCACCUCAGAGUUAUAAAUUAAUAUUUCUAUGGCUGAGGAGCCAGACAGGCUGGCUGCUCAGGCAAUAGGGGAUCCAGCCAGCCAGCCACCCUCAACCUGUUGUAAUAGAACCACAUUCAUAGUCUUAUAUAUGAUGCUAUAUUUAUACUAGAAUGUUUAUAAGACUUUGUAGAGAUACACUAUUGUAUAAAUUGUAUGUACCGGGAACCUUGAAUGAGUUAUGUAUUUUGGUAGUAGAGUGCACAUGAGCAGUUGUGUACUCUGGUGGUAGAGUGCACAGGAGCAGUUGUGUACUUUGGUGGUAGAGUGCACAGGAGCAGUUGUAUACUCUGAUGGGAGAGUGCACAGGAACAGUUGUGUACUCUGGUGGUAGAGUGCACAGGAGCAGUUGUGUACUCUGGUGGUAGAGUGCACAGGAGCAGUUGUGUACUCUGGUGGUAGAGUGCACAGGAGCAGUUGUGUACUCUGGUGGUAGAGUGCACAGGAGCAGUUGUAUACUCUGGUGGUAGAGUGCACAGGAGCAGUUGUGUACUCUUGUAUUAGAGUGCACAGGAGCACUCAAUAAUAGAGUACCAUUAAUAUAUUCCGAUUUAUAAAUCUUAGUUAAGAAGCAUGUAUAGCUUAAAGCAGAUCUCUGACUCCAUCUAUGUCGUACAGAUUAACGUAUAUGCAUCCUAUUUAGUAUUGUAUAAGCACUUUAUAGUCACCUGGGAUUGAGUACUCAAUAACUAUGUAGCAGCUCUCUAACUCUGUCUAUGUAGGACAGACAAAAUGUAUGUAUGCGGGUUAGCAUUGUAUAAGUGUAUAUGGCCAUAUCUGCAUAGGAGAAAUUCCUUAUCAUAAAUAAAUUAAUAACUGAUCGUCGACGUGGUCCCUGGUAGCAUAAGUACAUAAUUUUUUUUGUAUUAUUCACGUAAUUUAAAUAGUUUGUAAUUAAUUAUACUGCACGUGUCUGGCUUCCUGAAGCGACAUGAGCAAAGCUAUCA